GCAGAGCACCAUAUUACCACAUGCUUGAAAACCAUCUAGUCAGUGGUCUUGUAUUUUUCCUCUCCAGAUCGCAGCAGUAGAUUGCAAAGAUGCCCUGGAAAUGAUCUGUAACCUAGAGUCUGAUGGAGAUGAAAAAAGUGCUCUAAUUUUAUGUGCAGCGUUUUUAUCUCGUCAGCUACAACAAGGAGAGAUGUACUGUGCCUGGGAAUUGACUCUCUUCUGGAGCAAACUGCAGCAAAGGGUAGAGCCUUCUGUACAAGUGUAUCUAGAGAGGUGUCGUCAACUUUCGGUGUUAACUAAGACGGUUUAUCAUAUAUUCUUCCUGAUUAAAGUAAUUAAUUCAGAGAUUGAAGCUGCUGGACUUGCAACCUGUAUUGAACUGUGUGUGAAAGCACUGCGCUUGGAAUCCAGUGAAAACACAGAUGUCAAGAUAUCCAUUUGCAAGACUAUCUCCUGUUUGUUGCCCGAUGAUUUGGAGGUUAAACGUGCUUGUCAAUUAAGUGAAUUUCUUCUUGAGCCCACUGUGGAUGCAUACUAUGCUGUUGAAAUGCUGUAUAAUCAGCCUGACCAGAAAUAUGAUGAAGAGAAUCUUCCAAUACCAAAUUCAUUACGCUGCGAGCUCUUGCUUGUAUUGAAAACUCAGUGGCCUUUUGAUCCAGAAUUCUGGGACUGGAAAACUCUAAAACGUCAGUGUCUUGCAUUGAUGGGAGAAGAGGCAUCCAUUGUAUCUUCAAUAGAUGAGUUGAAUGACAGUGAAGUAUAUGAGAAGGUCGAAGAUUGCCAAGAGGAGAAUAAAGAAACUUCUCUGAAUGGUCUUGCUGGCAAUUUUGAUGAAGCUACAAGCCUGCUUAAAAGCAUAAGAGAUGAAAAGCAGAAAAAGAGAGAAAUUAAAAAACUGAGAGAGAGGGGAUUCAUAUCAGCUAGGUUUAGGAACUGGCAAGCCUACAUGCAGUAUUGCGUGUUAUGUGACAAAGAAUUCCUUGGUCAUAGAAUAGUUAGGCAUGCACAGAAACACUAUAAAGAUGGAAUUUACAGUUGUCCUAUAUGUGCACACAAUUUUAAUUCCAAAGAAACCUUUGUUCCUCAUGUAACUCUGCAUGUUAAGAAGUCCAGCAAAGAGAGACUGGCUGCUAUGAAACCACUGAGAAGAUUGGGAAGACCUCCUAAAAUAGCAACCACCAGUGAGAAUCAGAAGGCUGAUGCCAUAUCCAAGCAGGAACAACGACCCAUUAAAAAGAAUAGUCUUUAUUCAGCAGAUUUCAUAGUGUUCAACGAUAACGAUGGUUCAGAUGAUGAAAAUGAUGACAAAGAUAAACCUUAUGUACCAGAGAUAAUACCAGUUCAAAAACCAUUGCCUGUUAAUGAAUUCACAUGUCCAGUAACAUUUUGUAAAAAAGGUUUUAAAUACUUUAAAAAUUUGAUUGCACAUGCAAAAGGGCAUAAAGAUAAUGAAGAAGCAAAACGUUUUCUUGAAAUGCAAAGCAAAAAAGUGAUUUGCCAGUACUGUAGACGACAUUUUGUAAGUGUUACUCACCUCAACGAUCACUUACAAAUGCACUGUGGCAGCAAGCCCUACAUCUGCAUACAGAUGAAAUGUAAGGCAGGUUUUAACAGUUACGCUGAGCUGUUAACUCAUAGAAAAGAACAUCAAGUCUUUAGAGCAAAGUGUAUGUUUCCUAAAUGUGGCAGAGUGUUUUCAGAAGCAUAUUUGCUCUAUGAUCAUGAAGCACAACACUAUAAUACCUAUACCUGCAAAUUCACAGGCUGUGGAAAAGUUUACCGUUCUCAGAAUGAACUAGAAAAACAUGGUGAAGAUCAUAAUAAGCAGCCUGAAAAAGUGCUAGAGAUUGAAGGCCAGACUAAUCGAACUGAUCUCAUUCAAUCUUCAAAAGCUAAUGAAAACCCUGAAGGGAUCACUGUAAAAAAGGAAUUGAUCUCUCCUCUAGACGAUAACACAAGUAACUUUACUGAAGCAGAAAGUAACUUGUGGGAUCAAGUCAAAGUCAAAUCAAUUGGGACAGAGAGAGCAAAUAAAUCAGCCAGUGCACUGAGGCAAGCUGAUUCCCUGUCUGUUGAUGGUUUGGAGCAUUCUGUCACUGGUCUGGUAAAGAAAGGAGCAACAAUUAGAAUCAGCAAUAUCAGGAUGCCUAUUCUUAGCCAGAAGGUCCAGGAUAACUUUGUAAGACGAGGAAAAUUAGCUUCUGCAGGCAGUAAAAUAGAUACCAGUAAAUCUGUAGUCCAACAGUUGUGUUCAACAGCAGAAUAUUCUUGCAGUGAUUGUCUUCCAGUUUUCCAGGAAAGAAAG